AUGUUUCUAACACGAAGCGAGUACGAUAGGGGCGUUAACACCUUCAGUCCCGAGGGCCGCCUGUUCCAAGUAGAGUAUGCCAUCGAGGCAAUCAAGCUUGGAUCCACCGCCAUUGCGGUGCGCACAGACGAGGGGGUGGUGAUGGCAGUGGAGAAGCGAGUCACGUCGCCGCUGCUGGAGCCCACCAGCAUAGAGAAGGUGGCUGAGGUGGACGAGCACAUCGGCGUGGCCAUGAGCGGGCUGACCGCCGAUGCACGCACGCUGAUCGACCACGGGCGGGUGGAGACGCAGCAGCACCGCUUCACGUACAACGAGCCGAUGCCGCUCGAGUCGCUGACGCAGAGCCUGUGUGACCUGGCGCUGCGGUUUGGGGAGGAUGACGAGGGGGAGGGCGGCAUGAGCCGGCCGUUUGGCGUGGCGCUGCUGGUGGCGGGGUGGGAUGCAGAGGGCGGACCCGUGCUCUUCCACACCGACCCCAGCGGCACAUACGUCAAGUACGAGGCCAAGGCGAUCGGCAGCGGCAGCGAGGGCGCGCAGACGGCGCUGCAGGAGUCGUACCGCAAGGACAUGACCCUGAAGGAGGCCGAGGUGCUGGCGCUGUCCACGCUGAAGCAAGUGAUGGAGGAGAAGGUGACGGCCACGAAUGUUGACAUUGCGCGGGUGGCGCCCAAGUGGCACCUGUACACGCCAGAGGAGGUGGAGGAGGUCAUCGCGCGCCUCUGA